GCAGCCCCUCGGAAGCCAGCGGCGCGAGGGAGUGGGUCCAGGAUUCUUUUGAGGAGCUAUCCUUUGGAAUGCUAUUUUCAAAAUGAGUCAACAAGGUUAUGUGGCUACACCCCCCUACUCUCAGGCCCAACCUGGAAUAGGCCUUUCACCACCACAUUACGGACACUAUGGUGACCCGUCACACACAGCCUCUCCACCAAAUAUGAUGAAGCCAUCAGGGCCCUUGGGAGCUGCUACUCCUGGGGGGAUGCUGCCUCCAGGCCCCCCACCUCCUGGAACCCAUCAGUUUGGUCAGAAUGGAGCUCAUGCGUCUGGGCAUCCACCCCAAAGAUUUCCAGGCCCUCCACCACUCAACAACGCAGCUCCCUCCUACCCACCAUAUUCUGCUUCCACACCAUCGGCUUAUCCAAGUCCUGGGUCCACUUCGUCUGUCACCCAACUGGGCAAUCAGCUCAGUGCCAUGCAAAUGAACAACUAUGGCUCAAGCAUGGGUGCCCCCAAUCAGGGGCCCCCUGGACCUCCAGCGGCAGCGCUCCCGGGUCCUUCCCGGCCUCCACCACCGUCCAUCUUGCAGCCAGGAUCUCAGGUGCUCCCACCACCACCCACUGCGCUAAAUGGCCCUGGUCCCUCACCCAUGUCUCCGCCGACGCACAGGCCAGAUGGGCUUCCUGGGCCUGCCCCACCGAAUGCACAUUACCAGCCGCCACCUCUUCCAGGACAGACCCUGGGCACUGGAUAUCCUCCACAGCAGGCUGCCAACUAUGGUGCUCAGAUGGCAGGCCCACAGCUUGGCUACCCCGGAGGCUUCCCCGGAGGGCCUGCCCAGAUGGCUGGUCUCCCGCAGCCCCAGAAGAAGUUGGAUCCUGAUGCCAUCCCCAGCCCGAUCCAAGUGAUUGAGAAUGACAUCGCCUCCAGAGGGGGACAGGUUUAUGCCACCAACACCAGAGGCCAGGUUCCUCCCCUGGUCACUACAGAUUCUGUGAUACAAGACCAAGGCAAUGCCAGUCCUCGAUACAUCCGCUGCACAACAUACUGUUUCCCAUGCACGUCGGACAUGGCUAAGCAAGCUCAGAUUCCGUUAGCUGCUGUCAUCAAACCCUUUGCCACGAUUCCUUCCAAUGAGACUCCUCUCUACCUGGUCAACCAUGGCGAGACCGGGCCAGUCAGAUGCAACAGGUGCAAAGCCUACAUGUGCCCGUUUAUGCAGUUCAUUGAAGGGGGAAGACGCUAUCAGUGUGCAUUCUGCAGCUGUGUGAAUGAUGUUCCACCAUUCUAUUUCCAACAUUUGGACCACAUGGGGAGAAGACUGGACCACUAUGAGAAGCCAGAGCUAUCUUUAGGAUCUUAUGAAUAUGUUGCUACUUUGGAUUACUGCCGAAAAAAUAAGCCUCCCAACCCACCAGCCUUUAUCUUCAUGAUUGAUGUUUCGUAUAGUAACAUAAAGAACGGUCUUGUGAAACUCAUAUGUGAAGAGCUGAAGACUGUGCUGGAAAACCUUCCAAAGGAAGAGCAAGAAGAAGCGUCGGCGAUCCGAGUGGGUUUCAUCACCUAUAACAAAGUUCUCCAUUUCUUUAAUGUAAAGAGCAAUUUGGCCCAGCCUCAGAUGAUGGUGGUGACCGACGUUGGAGAGGUCUUUGUUCCUUUGUUGGAUGGUUUCCUCGUCAACUAUCAAGAAUCUCAAUCUGUGAUUCACAAUUUAUUGGACCAGAUUCCAGAGAUGUUUGCGGAAUCGAAUGAAAACGAGACGGUCUUUGCUCCUGUCAUCCAGGCUGGCAUGGAAGCUCUGAAGGCCGCCGACUGCCCAGGGAAGCUGUUCAUCUUCCACUCCUCCUUGCCGACUGCAGAAGCGCCGGGGAAGCUCAAAAACAGAGAUGACAAAAAGCUGGUUAACACGGACAAAGAGAAGGUUCUCUUCCAGCCCCAGAGCGGCGUCUACGAGGCCCUGGCCAAGGACUGCGUGGCUCACGGCUGUUCGGUGACACUCUUCCUCUUCCCCAGCCAGUACGUGGAUGUGGCCUCCAUGGGUCUCGUGCCUCAGCUCACCGGAGGGACCUUGUACAAAUACAACAAUUUCCAGAUGCAGCUGGAUAGCCAUCAGUUUUUGACCGACCUUAGAAAUGACAUUGAGAAGAAAAUAGGAUUUGAUGCUAUUAUGAGAGUUCGAACCAGCACAGGUUUCAGAGCCACGGAUUUCUUUGGCGGGAUUUUCAUGAACAACACCACGGAUGUAGAAAUGGCAGCGAUCGACUGUGACAAGGCAGUCACCGUAGAAUUCAAGCAUGACGACAAACUGGGAGAAGACAGUGGAGCCUUAAUCCAGUGCGCUGUGCUGUACACCACCAUCAGUGGCCAGCGAAGACUUCGGAUUCACAAUCUUGGGUUAAACUGCAGCUCCCAGCUCGGGGAUCUCUAUAAGAGCUGCGAGACCGAUGCUCUCAUCAACUUCUUUGCCAAGUCAGCUUUUAAAGCAAUUCUACAUCAGCCCUUGAAGGUCAUCCGGGAAAUUCUGGUUAAUCAAACUGCCCAUAUGCUAGCGUGCUACCGGAAGAAUUGUGCCAGUCCAUCUGCGGCAAGCCAGCUUAUCCUGCCAGAUUCCAUGAAAGUGUUGCCGGUGUACAUGAACUGUUUGUUAAAAAGCUGUGUGCUGCUCAGCAGACCAGAGAUCUCAACGGAUGAGCGGACGUUUCAGAGACAGCUGGUCAUGACCAUGGAUGUGGCUGACUCACAGCUUUUCUUCUACCCGAAACUCCUGCCAAUCCACACAUUAGAUGUCAAGAGUACAACCCUGCCUGCUGCCGUUCGUUGCUCUGAGUCUCGCCUUUCGGAAGAAGGAAUAUUCCUGCUGGCCAACGGUCUCAAUAUGUUCUUAUGGUUGGGAGUAAGCAGCCCGCCCGAGGUGAUCCAGGGAAUCUUCAAUGUGCCAUCUUUCGCGCACAUCAACACAGAUAUGACAUUACUGCCUGAGGUAGGAAGCCCGUACUCUCAGAAACUCAGGAUGAUAAUGAGUAUUCUCCAACAGAAGAGGCCAUAUUCAAUGAAGCUCACGGUGGUCAAGCAGCGAGAGCAGCCCGAGAUGGGGUUCCGGCAGUUUCUGGUGGAAGACAAAGGACUGUACGGCGGCGCCUCCUACGUGGACUUCCUUUGCUGCGUCCACAAGGAGAUCUGCCAGCUGCUGCGCUGAGGGAGCGCCUGCGGAGGCGGCCCUCCUCGGUGCCCAGCUCUCCAGAGUCGCUCGUUUUGAUUUCUUGCUUUCAGAGUAGCUUUCUUUCCAAGACGGCAUUUAGAAGUUCGGCUGCGGUGCUCAGGUAUAAAGCCAGCGAAGGUACGCCUUGUACCUUAAAGGGAACAGUCUAUUUCUGACGGCACAAUUUUUAACGUUUGAAACUGAUUCCGUUGACAUUUCACGGAAGCGUUUACAGAACUGUAAACUUUCGCCAUUUUCUUUCUCCGUGCUAGACAUAUAAAUUAUUUUUCAAAUUGUAUAGAUUUGGAGUAAAAAGUUGUCUUGGUUCCUCUCCCAUUUGCGGUGAGAAAAAAAACACCUUAAUUUUUACAUUAUAUCUAAUUUUUAAAACCGUGUAACCCCAUCGACUGCAUUUUUCAACUUAAGGUUUGCAUUGCAGACUUUUAAUAACCUUGGAAUCUUAUCUGGUAGAACCGGCAUUGUUCUACCCGCCCCCCCCCAUAAUUAUAUGUUGUGUAUGUUUAAACUGUUUUCCAGUUGUUUUGUCUACAAAACUGUAUCAACAUUCCUAAUGGUUCUUUGUAAAAUUUUGAAGGUUUCUACCUGUAUAUAAUGGAUCUUAACCAGUAUCAAUAAAUCACUUCAUAUGCUCUUA